GCGCAUGUUAUACCAUGCAGAAGUUGCGAGUCAACGAUCGUUGCGUGGUGCUUCCCCUUAUUUAUAAUUUAUAAUGUAAUAUAUAAAUCAGGUGUGUACAAAUUAUACUUGGCGUAGCAAAAUACUAGAUCCAUUGCUACGACUGUCUUCAACAGUUCAACGUGGUGAGUGGGUCUGCAACGGCAGUGCGCGUUCCGUUCUUUUUUAAGGCUUUAGAGCAGAAAAAAAAAAAAUACACGUCAGUGUCAAAAUGAGCUGUACUUAUUUCAGUUUAUAGAACGUGGUGCAUGUUCUGCUCCAACGCUCGCGUGUGUCGUGCAUUGAGGUUUUGUGAUGCAGGAGCAUAUUUUAUUUGUCAUCAAAAACGAUCUUAACGUCAAUCCUAGCUGACUGGCGUUAAUUUAAUCUGCUGACUGUCGAAGAAAAGAGCAGUGAGGGAAAAGCGUACAUAAAUUUUGAAUACACGCCGUCUCACCCAAGAGCCAAACAGCCACCGGGUAGUCUCAAAAUGCCCGCAGACACAACGAGUCAAGCUCGCCAGUGUAGCGGCCUCGGUCCGUGGCAGUACCGUUACGCCUGAAAGCUCCACGGCCGGCAGUACUGUCCGACCGAUCCUAGAGGAAAAAACAACGAUGCCGACGAGCGGCCUAGCCGUCAGGGGUGGCCAGGGGGUGGGCGGGGCGGUCGCGACCCAGGCGCCCUCGGCCCAUUACCUCCACGAGGUCCACGAGUUGCCGGCUCAGGACGAGGAGCGGCUUGGGAAGCUCUUCCAAAAGCUCGAUCUCGACGGCAAUGGACGCAUCGAUGUUCACGAUUUGUCCAAGGCGCUGCACGAGGUUGGCGUGCACGAGCGCUACGCCCAGAAAUUUUUGGCUCGCUCCGAUAAAACGCAAAGCGGUGACAUUAGUUUAGCAGAAUUUGUUCAGUAUGUACGAGAACACGAAAAAAACUUACGUCUACAAUUUACUGACCUCGACAAAAACAAGGAUGGUAAAAUCGAUUUGGAAGAGUUGAUAAAAGCAUUCAAAGAACUUGGAAUUGAAAUGGAGCGAGCUGAAGCUAAAAAGUUACUCCAAAGAAUGGACAAGGAUGGCAGUCUCAACAUCAGUUACAACGAAUGGAGAGAUUUUCUACUUUAUGCUCCCACGACGGAUAUUCAUGAGCUCAUUCAAUAUUGGCGGCAUUCAACGUACAUGGACAUUGGCGAGGACAUUGGCGUUCCGGACGACUUCACCAACAGCGAAAUGGUCACGGGCAUGUGGUGGCGACAUUUGCUCGCCGGUGGAGUUGCGGGUGCCGUUUCCCGAACGUGUACGGCGCCACUCGAUCGCGUCAAAGUUUAUCUUCAGGUGCACGGCUCGCGGCAGUGUAAAAUCGUCAGCUGCGUCAAGUACAUGUGGCGGGAAGGCGGGCUGAGCAGUUACUGGCGCGGCAACGGCAUCAACGUACUUAAAAUCGGCCCCGAGACGGCCCUCAAGUUCAUGGCUUACGAGCAAGUCAAACGAGCCAUCAAAGGACGCGACAAUCGAGAGCUGUGUAUCUACGAAAGGUUCGUCGCCGGCUCGAUCGCUGGUGGCGUCAGCCAAUCCGUCAUCUACCCACUCGAGGUACUAAAGACACGAUUAGCGCUUCGACGGACGGGAGAGUUCAAGGGGGUUAUCGACGCGGCGCAAAAGAUUCACAAGCAAGCGGGCUUGAAAAGCUUUUACAGAGGCUACAUUCCCAAUCUCAUUGGUAUCCUGCCGUAUGCGGGAAUCGAUUUGGCUGUUUACGAGACGCUAAAAAACCACUACUUACGAACACACGCUAAGGAUGAGCAGCCGUCGAUCGGGCUAUUAAUAUUCUGUGGCUCGGCGUCGAGCACCGCUGGCCAGGUUUGCUCUUAUCCGUUGGCUCUAGUCAGGACGCGGCUGCAGGCCCAAGUCACCCCAGCCAACGGCCAGAACAACAUGGUCGGCAUUUUCAAAGACAUCCUUGAUCGCGAAGGCCUCCGCGGUCUCUACCGAGGGCUAUUGCCUAAUUUCAUCAAGGUCGUGCCAGCAGUAUCAAUAAGUUAUGUUGUAUACGAGCAUGUACGGUCGGCACUUGGUGUCAACAUGACGUGAUGAAGACAAAACUUAGGAUGAUCAAUUUUUAUUAAAUUAUUGCGUAUUAUUACGGUAGGAACUCGCAAGACGCUAGUGCGUGAACCGUGUCGUGCCGUUCAUGAAUGAACAUUAUGGCGACAUCUCUUUUAUAUAUCUCUUAAUCUCUCGUCCUAGUUAAUCUUAUACAUAACUGAAUUUAUUUGUUGUUACACAAAGUUUGAAAAAGCAAAAGAAUUAUCCUGUAAUUCUUUGCGGCUUCUCUUCAUCGAUUUAGGGGGACUAAAUAUUGUUCAGAGAACGCAUGUAUGUAUAUAGGAAUUAAUUCUUGACUAUGACGAUAAUGUUGUCGUCUACAAACAAUGGGAUGGGCAGAAGAAGUAACAAAAUGUGCUUUGAAAUAGCUCUGGAACGCUAUCUCGUGCACACGCCGGGUUUUUAAUUUCUUGUGAAACUUUUUUUUAUAUAAACUAAAGUUGCUAAAGGUAAAAACUCUUGGCGUUUUUGUUGAUAAGCACCCACGCUCCUGGCUACUUCGAAAAGUUCGAACGAUAGUAAAAUAGAAUAUCGAAUAUCCCGCACAGCAGGUUUGGAAGGGAUCGACUGAUUUUUUUCUCGACGGCCAGGCAUUGUAAUUAAAAAAAAAAAAAAAAAAAAAAAAAAAAAAAAAAANAAAAAAAAAAAA